CUUCUCAACUCUCUCUCUCUCUCUCUCGCGAGCUUCGAAACCAAAAUCCUCUGAAGAAAUUUUGCUGCGUGAAGAUGGGGGCGGAUUCAAGCUCGGCCGAACAUGCUCCGGCAGCCGCCGCGCCGGACGACGUCGAAGCCUUGCUCGAUGCUGCGAGAUACGGUGACAUGGAGGACGUCACGAGCUUAGCCACCGCCGGCGUUCCUCUCGAUUCGAGGGACGAGCAAGGCCGUACAGCUCUUCACAUGGCCGCGGCUAAUGGGCACCUCAACAUUGUGGAUUAUCUCAUCAGCAAAGGAGCGGAUGUUAAUGCUGCUAAUGUGGAGAAGAAUACUCCUCUUCAUUGGGCUUGUCUUAACGGUCAUGUUCAGGUGGUCCAUAGCUUGAUUCUGGCCAGAGCAAAUGCAAGCUUGCUGAACAGCCACGAGCGGACGCCAAUCGAUGAGGCAGUAAGCAGGGGGAAAUUGGAUGUCGUUGACGCAAUCAAUGCCGCUGCAGCGCAACUUGAACUGAAUGGCACAAGCAUGUCAUGAUGGAGAGAAAAUUGGGAUGAUAUGCUUGUAGCUAUCUCAAUUUUGCGUUUCUUCAUGGGAGAAAUGCUAGGCUCAUGUGGUGAGAGAUUCUAGUUAUAUUACGUGGUGGUUCUCGCAGUCUAUUGCCAAUGCCUCAAUUUUGUGAUGUCAGGAGCUAUAAGAUAUUCAUCAAAUAUCGAGAGCGGUCCAAUGUUGCUGACUGCAAGACAUUCUCAAAAGACUAGAUAAAUCGAAGGAAUCAAUAGAGAAGAUUGAGUAUUUAGUCCUUUAAAUUUUGAGUGACUGCCUAGACUAGAUCUUUAGUAUUUCAUGAAAGUGAAGAUCUUUUAAUUUGGCGCUCAUUUUAGCGACGUAUGUAAUGACAAAUGACAAGCGUGACACGGAUGACAUGCUUGUGUACUACAACCAGGAGCACUUAGUUUUGUCGUGACAUUCAUGACAUUUCAUUACCGAUAUCA